GGCAGCGCAGUCAAAAAAAAUUGUUCACCUUGCGCGGUUGUGUAGCGGACGCCGUGCCCGUUUCGAUUCGAUAUAAAUUAACACAAUCCAAAUUCGAGCCAAAACAAAGUCUUGUUUCCGCGCGCUUGGCGUUUUGUUGAAUAUUCGGGACGACGACAGGUUAUGCUAUGCUAUAUGAUAUCCAAAGAGUCGGAAUAGUCGGAUAUAGUAAUCGAAUCCAAUCCACGCUCAAAUCGAAAGUGAAAUUUGUGGAACGGUGAACCAAACACACAACGCGACGACGUGCACACGGUGAUUUUUUGAAUGGAGAAGUAAAGCAACAGAGAAACAAAUCCAAUCAUAAAUCAAUUCUACCAAUUAAAGGCAAUUCAUAAUUAGUAUUAUUCAUAUACUAAAGUGUUUAACAGUUUAACAACAACAAGCAACCAACCUAAAAGAAUUAAUCAUAAUCAAGAAUCCAGGUGAUUCGGUGUGCAAUACCAUUGAGAGCUGGAAAACAUCAUGCAAUAUUGUUGAAUAAAAGAGAUCUGUACGUUUGUCAGCAAAACAAAUCGAAGAAACUAGAGCUCUUAAACAUCAAGUAUUUCUAGAAGAACCAAGAGUUGCGCAAACAUUUCUGUUUUGGAAAAGUUGGCCCCAACAACCAAAACAAAUGCAAAUGUGCGCCCCAGAGACAAAUCACCCCGAAAGUUAUCAAUAGGUAAAACAUUGGAGGAGUGGAGAAGUGGAGAGUGGAAAGAACUCAACCGGUUAAGCGGUUAAGCGGGCUACCAUUCUUGGAUAAGUAUUUUGUUCUGGAUACAAUCGACAAUACACACAAACAUCAUCACCAUGUUGGAUCGAUGCGAAAUGCCGAUCCAGCUGGACAAUGAGAAGCUGCGACGCGAUGUGCGGCUCUCCAGCUCCCGCCUGGACCUGCCUCAGCUCUGCAAUGGGUCGCGGCGUGGCCUGGAUGGCCACAACAACCAUGUGGCAGUGAAUGAGGCGGUCACCACAACGACGUCGCUCAAUGGCAACAGCAACAACAACAACAACAACAACAACAUUGGCUCUCCCGUCUCCUCGUCGACCACCAACAGCAGCAACGGCGGCAACGAGCGCGGCUCAUCCACCAAGUCCAACAGCAGCAGUGGCAGCGGCAGCUCCGGCAACUCGGCCAGCAGCACCGGCAGCGCCGAGCUCAAGUGCAACACGCCCAUGACGCCAUCUGAACUGGUGAAGAAGUUCCGCAACUACCUGACCGAUCUGGAGUUCGAGGAGCUCAAAGUGUACAAGGAGGUCUGGUACUUUGGCCAGCACGCCAGCAAGAACUACAACAAGCCCGCCCCCACAGCCAACACCACAAAUCUGGGCUAUGACGAUGAUAAUGGCAACUAUAAGAUCAUUGAACACGAUCACAUAGCCUUUCGUUAUGAGAUUCUGGAGGUGAUUGGCAAGGGCAGCUUCGGGCAGGUGAUCCGCGCACUGGACCACAAGACAAACACACACGUGGCCAUCAAGAUCAUAAGGAACAAGAAGCGCUUCCUCAAUCAGGCCGUUGUGGAGCUGAACAUACUCGAUGAGCUGCGCGAGAAGGAUGCGGAUGGAUCUCACAAUGUCAUCCACAUGCUGGACUACACAUAUUUCCGCAAACAUUUAUGCAUUACCUUCGAGCUGAUGAGCUUGAACCUUUAUGAGCUGAUCAAGAAGAACAACUACAAUGGAUUCAGCAUGAGUCUGAUUCGGCGCUUCUGCAAUUCGAUUGUGAAGUGCCUGCGACUGCUCUACAAGGAAAACAUCAUUCACUGUGAUCUCAAGCCGGAAAACAUCUUGCUUAAACAGCGCGGCAGCAGCUCCAUCAAAGUCAUCGACUUUGGCAGCUCCUGCUAUGUGGAUCGCAAAAUCUAUACGUACAUCCAGUCGCGUUUCUAUCGCUCUCCGGAGGUGAUUCUGGGCCUGCAAUACGGCACCGCCAUUGACAUGUGGAGCUUGGGCUGCAUUCUGGCCGAGCUAUACACGGGUUUCCCGCUCUUCCCCGGCGAGAACGAGGUGGAGCAGCUGGCCUGCAUCAUGGAGGUGCUGGGACUGCCGCCCAAGGUGCUCAUUUCGGUGGCCAGGCGGCGGCGUUUGUUCUUCGACUCGAGGGAUGCGCCGCGCUGCAUCACAAAUACCAAGGGGCGGAAGCGGGCGCCGGGCAGCAAGUCGCUGGCCCAGAUUCUGCACUGCCAGGAUCGGUACUUCAUUGACUUCCUGCAGCGCUGCCUGGAGUGGGAUCCCGCGGAGCGCAUGACGCCCGACGAGGCGGCCCAUCACGAAUUCCUACAGCCCUCCGCCUCCAGUCGCCAUCGCAGCUGCCGCAUGUCGAGCAGCUCCUCUAGCUCGGGCCUCAACAGCGUCUCCCAGAAGUCCUCCUGCUAUAACUUUGCAGAGAUCUCGCCGGGCAGCGGUGGGCCCGUGGUGGCCUCCAUCACCAGCACCACUGCAGUGAGCAAUGCGGCCAUCACCACCACCAAGUCCAGGCAGCCGCAGCAGCAGCAACAGCAGCAGAGCCACAGCCACAGCCACAGCAAUCACAUCAACCACACGAGCCACAGUCAUGCCCAGUCGAAUGGACACCUGCCCGACAUCAAGCUGAGCGCCGGCGACAAGUACAACAGCAUGCAGAAGGUGGCGGUACGCUCCAAGAUCACCUCGAGCGUGUCCGACCUGGAGUCCGUGCAGCAGUACUCGCUGCACCGCAUCUACGGGGGCGUGGGCAGCGGCAGCACCCACCACGUCUCCUCGGCGGCCACCAGGAAGCACCUGAACGGGGUCAGCAAUGUGGGCGCAUCUUCCAAGUACGGCAGCUCGACUCUGGCCCACAAUCAUCACAAUGUGAGCCACCACAAUGCGUCGACGGCCACCAUUGCCACGGCCACCCACCAUCACCAUCACCAUGCAGCCGUCGGCCAGCCGGCGAUCAAUGGAACGGCCAGUGGCGCCAUGUCACACUCUCAGUCCACUGGCGAUGUCUCCGACAGAGCCAUCUUUGGGAGAGCUUGACUCCGAGCCCGCCCCACCAAGCUGGAGCUCAAAAAAUGCAAGCUGGUCAACAUGAUGGAUUUCUGGAGCUAGAAGUGGCGUCCACAGCAGUGCGCAGCCCUCAAGGAGCGCGAGGAGGAGCACUAGCAGAACAUGGAAAAGAACUAGGAUCCAGUUGUGCGCCUUGUAAUUGUCUGUGAGCGCAAUGCUGUUGUACUCCCACUUCCACUCCCAAACAUAAUCCCCCCCACACGAAAUCGAAUGCCUAGGAUAGUCCCCUUGCGCUCCUUGCAGCACUUUGCAGUAUUCUUUAAGUUUCCCCAAAACUAUUUUAUUUCGCUACUGCCAUAGCCAAAUGUAUUCACGCCCCAAACCGUAUUCUCCAAACCUCUUCCCCGAAAGUAUUUUCUUCCCUCCAUUUUCCAAACAGAAACGUGGUGACCCAAGGUGUUGCCCAGUGUCUGCUGCACGAAAAGUGUAUUCAACAUGAACAAAAAUCACGAAAACAGAAGCCAGCUCAAAGGAACAACCAUACCCUAAAUGUAGUCUAUAAGUUAUGGCAUAUCCAUACUAAACAUAAGAUGUAGCAAACAUUUGUAACGAUUCACCCAACGCAUACCCGAAUUCCCCAGUAUCCCGAUUCCCCAUACACACAUACAUAUGUACUCGUAUACUCGUAUUUUUAGGGUCACUUUGCGUGCGACUCAAAUCUGUAACAAUUUCAUACAGCUUCCAUGUCUUUUGCAACAGUAUCAAGGCUGUUAUUAGUUACAUAUGCAAAACUGAAAAUGUAUCUAUAUACACACAUAAAUAUAUCUUUAAUUGUAAUUGUAAGUUAGUAGCUCGGGGUUUGGGUUCGAUUCGGCCAACCCACACAUCACAGCGAACCCCCAAUCAGCGUGAAGUUGCAUGAGAAUGAAUGAAGUACUACGACCUUUGUAUGUACACAACGAGUAACGGCCCGUCUGCCCCAUUCGCACGGAAUACAUGUCAUAAUUUAACGGAAAACGCAUAUAUAGUAAAGAUUUAGAUUUACUAUAACUCUAGGCAUAGAAAUCAUUUGUGCAGAUAAACCCACAAACCAAUGGCCAAUACCACAAUAAUUGGAACAAUUCAAAUGGACAGAAAGGAAUGUCGGUACAAUAAUUAUGGAGAGCGCCACAUCUACAUACAUAUAUGUAAACCGUAUUAGUGGAAGUAAAUCAAGCAAAUAAAUACAAUUUUAUUCAAAUUACAGUUUGUUCGUUUUAAAAUAAAAUAAAACAGUUUGGCCACAGCCACUUGAGCUGGCUAAAGGUGUGUGUUUAACGAGUCUAGACUGUCGCUAGAGCGAUGUUUGUAACCCCGUAAUGCCGUAAGUUUAGAUAACACUGUAAACAAAUUGCAACUUUUGCUCAUGACUUUUGGAUAUACCGCACUAGACUCUACAAUAUCUAAUAUUUACAAUAUAGAAUGUACUCAUCCGACUCGUUUAGCAUCUAUGCAUAGAGCUGCGAUCCUUGGAGCUUGUUUCGUAUUAUUUAUAAAUGUUUUCUCUGCCACUCGUCGUAACUCGUAUAUGUAUGUACUCGUAUAUCCGAUACUUUAUUCAAUGUAUUAUUAUGUGUUUUAUUAUGGAUUUUGACAGAAGUAAAACCAACAGCAAAGCCCUUGAUUUAAAAAGUGUGUUCGAAUUUAACGUUUAG